AUGAUCUAUCUACGCCGUAUCGACCGUUUCUUCGUGGAUGGCAACGACAAUUUAUCUCCCAAUUUUGAACAAUUCGACAUGGAGAAAUCCCGUUCAGCGACAGCACAGGUGGGACAUGCAUGCCUGGGGCGGUUCGCGAUCGAGAUUAGGGACCCUGGAAGAAGGUCGGUGUGGCUCGGAACCUUCGACUCGGCCGAGGCUGCCACUCUGCGCGUUCCGUGGUUCCAAGGCCAAGACCAACUUUCCCUUCGCCGCCGCCGCUGCUGCGUCUCCCACCCCUACUCCUGCAUUCCGCUGCCCUCCCUCCGCAGCACCGUGGAGUACUUCGGCAGGCCACGUCUUCCUGCGCCUGCGUUCGCGACGCUGAGCCGCCGAUGUGUGUCACAGCUAGAGAAGAAGGCCAAACCACUUCCCCAGAGAAUUCCAGACAACGACAAAAACUGCCACAGUGACUGCGGGUCAUCGACCUCCGUCGUUGACGACGAGCGUGACAUCGCUUCCACAUACCGGCAUACACUUCCGUUUGAUCUUAACCUUCUCCCUUCCCCCGAUGACGACAUCCAAGCCACGAUUCUCUGCUUUUGA